CCUUGUGACUGCUCGAAACUGAAGAAAGGUAAUGAGAGAAAAGACGAAGAAGAGGAGGCAGAGGAAGUGUUUGUUUGUUUAUUCGGUUCUCUUUUUCUAGGGUUAGCCUGAAAGACUAUAGCAGGGCCACUGCGAGGUUACCAUGAACCUGGAACGACUUCCCAACGAGGAGAAACUCAGCCUAUGUAGAAAAUAUUACUUGGGUGGUUUUGCUCUUCUUCCUUUCCUGUGGCUCGUAAAUGUUGUUUGGUUCUUUAAGGAAGCCUUUGUGAAGCCGCCCUUCACUGAACAAACUCAAAUUAAAACAUAUGUGAAGCGAUCAGGCCUGGGUUUGUUUUGCUGGGUCACAAUAUUGACAACAUGGAUCACAAUUUACCAACACUUCCGAGCACAGUGGGGGGAGGUGGGCGAUUACCUGUCGUUCACGAUUCCACUGGGCACCCCUUAAGACAUCUAGCAGCCGACUACGAUGGACCAAAGAGUUUUCUCUUUAAUAAAGCGAAAGAGUUUGGUCUUUGUGACGUUUAUUACCUUUAAAAUGUUGUUACUGUGUCACUACGAAAUUUCAGAAUUUUGGUUUUAAUUUAGGGCCUUUUGUAUUCUUUGAUUUCAGUAUGAGCUAACAAUGUGUUGCUAAUGGAUGUGCAUUCAAAUUUGUUUAGAUUAAAAAAAAAAAAAACAUACUGAUUAUGAUGCUGUUUUGUUUUGUAAAAUAUUCACAAGAUGACUUUGAUUAUGCACCCAAGAUGAUUUUUACUUGUUCUUGACCAAUAAAUGCAUUUAAGCUACAA